UGCACUAGCGGGGCGCAGCGGACGUGCAAAACACUGAAAAUAGCUUUGACAGCUUGAUCGUUUACACAACACGCUACUAUUAGCAAAUCAAUAGCACUCGAAUGCGCCACAUAGGUGCCGGCGCGCCUGGGCCGAGCGGCCAACAUGAUCACUUCCGCCGCUUGCACGGAAACAGGACGGCGCUGCUGGCCUGCACCGGCACGCUCACCACGGUCCCGGUCCCGCGCAAUCACCACAGCCACCGUGCACCCUCCAGCGCCACCCCCGCUGGCCCUGUCCCCCGGCACGCCCCGUCGCCACGCACCGUGACCGCCGCGGCCUGGCCCGGCGGCCACUCCUCCCCCACGUCCUCCCCCACAUCCUCGUCCCUACCACCCGUAUCAGCCGCCUCCGCGCCGGCGCGGCGUGACGACGACCUGGACCCGCCCGUGCCCUUCCUGCGCCCACUCCUCUCCGCCGUGGUCGCCGUCAGCGCCGGCCGCCUGGCGACCCUGCCGCCGGCCCUGCUGACGUGGCUGCUGCGACUGCUGAGUCAGCUGGGCCCGGUCGCGCCGCCGCCGGGCGCGGGCUGGCUGGCCGAGGCGUACGGCGCGCUGGCGGGCUGGCUGCCGGGGCUGACGCCGGGGCUGGCGGCGCAGGCGUUCCUGGCCAUCAGCAGUCUGGCUGGCAAGCAGGUGGAGGCCAGCGGCCCGGCGGCGCCCCAGGCGGCGGCGGCGGCGGCGCAGCUGCUGCUGCUGCCGGCGCCGCCUCGCGACGUGCUGGUGGCGCUGUAUGACCGCAUGGCUGAGGGCUGCCGGGCGGGCGAGCUGGAGCCGCGCCUGGCGCUGCAGUGCCUGGAGGCGGCGGCGGACGCGGCGGCGGCGGAGCUGGGCGGCGCGGUGCCGUCCAGCGCCGGCGGUGCCGCCGCCGUGGGGUCAGGGGCAUCAGGAGGCGGCGGCGACAGCAGUAGCAGUGGGGCCUUCGGCCGGCGUGCAGCAGUGCUACAGCCGCCCAUGCCGCGGGAGACGGCGGCGGCGCUGCUGCUGCGGGCUGCUGGGCUCACGGCCGCAGCGAGUGGCGGCACUGGCAGUAGCAGCACUGGCAGUAGCAGCGGUGUGGCUGGGACGUCGCCCGCGGCGGCGGCGGCGGCCGUCGCGGCGGCGUCGCGGGGCCUGGUGGCUGCUGCCACGCUCGUGUCGCCGCCGGGCGGACCCGCCCUGGGACCGCUGGCGGCUCACCUCGCCGAGCAGGGCGCCGUGGCCUAUGCCGGCAGUAGCAGCAGCAGCAGCAGCAGCAGCAGCAACAAAGACUCUGUGGCGGCGGCAGUGGCGGCGGGCGCGCGGCCGGACCUGUAUCUGGACGGCCUGGCGGCGCUGUGUGCGUCGACGGCGCCGCCGCUUGAGCCGCCGGCUGCGACGGCGCUACUGCGCAGUCUGGAAGCGCUACUGCCGUACUUGACGCCGCUGCAGGUGUGCCGCGCUAUCGCCGUGACCAGCUGGCUGGCGGCGCCGUCACAGCCCGCCGCCGCCACGGCCUUCGCCAGCGGCCCCGCCGCCGCCGCCCUGGCGGCGGCGCUGCCCGCGAUGCCGGCGCCGCAACUAGCGGCGGCGCUGGCCGCGCUACCGCCGGCGCUGCGGCCGGCGCCGGUGGAGCUGGCGGUGGCGGCGGCGGAGGGUCUGCGGCGGGCCCUGGCGGCGGCUGACAGUGACGACCUGGCGGAGGUGCUGCGGCGCAUGCAGGAGGUGGAGGCGCUGCCUGGGUACGGCUGGCAGGGCGCGCUGGCGGCGGAGGCCAGCCGCCGACUGCAGGAGCAGCCGCCGCGCAGCGGCGGCGGCGGCGCCGCCGGCGCCGCCUCCGCCUCCGCCAGCUCCUCGCUGCUGCCGCCGCCGCUGGCCGCCAGCUACCGGGCCGAGUUCGUAAACACGCUGUACGUGCUGGCCGCGCUGGGGUACAGGCCCGGUACGAACUGGACGGGCGUGGCGGUGGCGGCGCUGGCUCCGGCUCAGCUGUACGGCCUGAGUGCGGGGCAGCUGACGUCGGUGCUGUGGGCGCUGGCGAGGUUCGGACACCGCGCAGAGCCGGGGCCGUGGAGCACCGCCGCUGUGCAGGCGCUGCAGCUGCAGCUCCCGGCGCUGGCCCCGCACCAGCUGAGCUACGGGCUGGGCUCGCUGCAGCGGCUGGGCUGCCGGCUGGCCGGGCCCGUGCUGGACGAGCUGCUGGAGGCGGCGGCGGCCAUGAUCAGCAGCGGCAGUAGCAGCAGCGGCAGCAGUAGCAGUAGCAGUAGCAGUAGUAUUGGGGCGGGUGCCAGUGCUGCCGGAGGCAGUGGGAGCGGCGGCGCGGUCACCGGCCCUGCCGCGGCGGCUGGCGCUGCUACAGCCGGCGGCUACUCGGCUCCCGACCUGGUGCUGCUGCUGAUGACUGUGGCGCGGCUGCAGCACGUGCCCAGCUACGCCUUCACGGAGGCGGUCACGGAGCGGCUGAGGCCACACAUCGCCGCCGCAGCCGCAGCCGCAGCCGCCACAGCCGCCCGCUACCCCUCUGCUGGCGGCGCCGCUGCCAGCAGCAGUGCUAGCAGGGGCGAUGGAACUGUUGGCGGCAACAGCAGCAGCAGCAGCGGGAGUGACAAUGGGUAUGGGGCCGGCGGUGCGACGUUGGGCCAGGGUGACGUUGGCGCGGGCUUGUUAGGGCCGGCGGCGGCUGCGCCGCCACCGCCGCCGCCUCCGGUGCGCGGUGCGCCGGUGGUUGUGGCCAUGGCUGGGCCGGGCGGGGAGCUGAUGGUGGUGGAGCCGCUGACGUGUCAGGAGCUGGCAUCGGUGGGGUAUGCGCUGGCCAAGCUGCACAGCCGACCCGAGUCUGACUGGCUGUCCCAGUACAUGGAGGCGUGUGAGGCGGCCAUGGGCGGCUUCGAGGCCGACCACCUGGCCUCACUGCUGUGGUCUGUGGGGGAGCUGGGGCAGACUCCCAGCCCCAGCUGGCUGGCCGCCUUCCUGGCCGCCGCGCGCCCCCGCCUGCCCGCCUUCGCGCCGCCCGACCUGGUGUCGGUGCUGUCCAGCCUGGCCGCGCUGAGGGCGCCGCCGCCCGCGGCCUGGCUGGGCGAGGCGCUCACGGCGGUGGGCGCGAGGGUGGGCGGCGUGGACGGCGCGGGCGUGACGGCGCUGCUCAAGGCGCUGGUGGACUUGGACGCGCGUGUCAGCAACCCGGAGUGGUACGACGCGCUGUGCAGCCAGGUGUCGGGCUUCCUGCCGCUGCUGCGCCCAGCCGAGCUGGCCUCCCUGGUCUCCUCCCUGGCGGCCCUGGGACACACGCCCAACUCCGAGUGGCUGCAGCGGGCAGCCGCCGCCGCCUUGCGCGCACACGCCAUCUCAGCCGCCGCCGCGUCAGCGGCCGCCACUGCCGCCUCCCGGCAACAGCAGCAGAACCAGCAGGACGGAACCCUCAACGCCGUGAUGCCGCGGCAGCCCGCAGCUUCCGGUGUCGCCCCUGCGCCUGCCUCCAGCUUCAUGCCUACGGGUCUGUCGGGCUUUGGCAGCGGUGCUGCCUUUGGCGGUGGCGGCGCAGGUGGCGGCGGCGGCGGCGGCCCCGCCGGUGUGGUGCUGAGCCCGGCUCAGUUGGAGGCGCUGGUGCUGGGCCUAGCCAAGCUGGGGGCGGAGGUGCCGGCGCCGCUGCUGCAGUCCUACAUGGCUGCCAGCGCCGCCUCACUGCCACAGCAGCAGCCGGAGCGUGUGGCGGCCGCAGCCUCCGCGCUGGCGGGCGCCCGCCUGGCGCCAACCGCCGAGUGGUUGGACGCGCUGGUGGGCGCCGUACGGCGCGACGUCAUGUCGUACACGCUCGUGCAGCUGGACGCGCUUUCGCGUGCGGCGGCGGUGUUCGUGGAGCUGGUUCCGGACCACAGCGCCACACGUGACCUUCUGUCGUUCCUGCGCGAGUUUUGUUUGUACAACUGAGGCUGCUCACCCGUUUGAUUCUGAGAGGAAGGUGAGGUUACGAUAGGUAAACUUCGGCUAGAAGGAAGGAGGCGCAGGAGUGCUGUUCGUGCCACCGGCGAUUGGGCAGAGACGCUCCACGUGGUGAGACGGUGACGGGCUGCAUGGUUCGGCUUUAUCUCACCGCGUAAUGCCUGUGACACGCUUGUGUUGCAGUGUUGCAAAGGGUUUAAGUGUUGGACCACUAGUGGGAAGGGCGGUUUCUCUCUAGGCCGGAGAAGGUCGGCUGGGUGCGGUGCGCCGUUGUUGAUGGGAUUGUAAUUUCCUUCAUGGCACUCCUUGGUGAGAGCGCCCACGAGGGGCUGAAUAUCUCUAGGGAAUGCAAAGGCCCAGCGCUUGGAGCAUAGAGUUUUGGGCCCUGCCCCGUCUCAAAGAAAUUGCUAGAGUUUGCUAGUGCGGUAAGUAAUGGGGUCCAAUCGGGGCCAAUGCGCCGUCAGCCGUGCUCCCAUGCACACUCAAGGAGAUCCAGGCAUGCACUUCUGCUCUGCCGCUGCAAACUGUUUGCUGUCUGCUUGGGGUAUGGGCGUCAGCUGCACCCUACGGGACCUCGCCAACCUGCCUAAACCCUGUCCCAUCACACACUUGAGGAGAUGACACGGGCGUCCGGUUGCCUGGCGGGUCAUGGUACGGAUUGCAACAUCGCGUCAAACCUGGAUAGGCAAAACGGCACUCAUAAGGUUGGAUGCAGUGCGGGCGCCUCAGUUCUGCCUGCGGCCUGUCUAACACCCGCAACAGAGUUCUUCAGCUGCGUGCUCUCUGCCUCCUCAACUGCCGCCCUCACGGUCGGGCACGUGGAGUUAGGAGUUGCAAUGCUCACUGCCCGCCCAGUUCACCAUCCCCAC